GUUUCUGUACUUUUGAAGGAGAGAAUUUUAUUAUAUGUCCGCUCGAACGGCAUUUUAGGUUCAGUAUCGUUGUCUAUAUUUUGACUAUUGAUUCGGAAUUUCCACCAGAAAAGGCUACGAUUGUGAAAUAUUUAAGCUAGGACUAUGCCAUUUCUGUGAAAUUUUAAUUCAAGAAAACACACAGAGGACUACCAGGAGAGACCUAGCGAUCAAGCAUGUAUUAAUUCGGAUAUAAUCCCAAAUAUGGCCAGACUUCGCAAAACCCCAGUCUGAUGAGCCCAAAACCUAUCCCCGAUAUACCAAAUGAAGUACCCCCGGCUAGCUUUGACAUUUCUACACUUGUCAGCCUAGCUGCUUCCUGAUAGACUUUCUCCUGCUUCCAUGCAUUAGUCUACAACUACCUAUCAGAUAUUUUGUCCUGCGGCCAAAAGUGGAUUCUCACUUCUCUGGUAAUCUCAGGUAAUGGCAGUCUAUGGGAAAAGCCGUAAACGAGCCAGGCUCUCGUCACAAACCCCAAUCUUCUCCAGUGACGAUGAGUCCAGUUCGAAUACCCCAGAAGUCCUCACCUCUGUCGUCAAUGAUGAUACCACCACCACCACCGAACAGUUGAUGCCUUCUGCACCAUUCCAGACCAAACGCAUAUCUCCACGAAAACCCACCAGCGACUUCUUCGAGGAUAGCCUAACUACCUCUCCUCGAAAGUUGAAGUCAUUGUUGGGCGACUUUGGUUCUCCUCGAGGCCCUCGCCCCAAAUCCUUACAUGAGGAAUUGACAUUCUUAGCUCAACAGUCCAAGCUGCCAGAAAAAGAACCCUCCCGUCAGUUAAAUCACAACUCCAAUGCCCCCAGUACUCCCUCCAGAAAGGGCAGGUCCUCUACCAAUUCUCCUUUUAAAAAGCACUCCUCCAUUCCAAGCACUCCAAUCACCCCUAAGGAGAAAGAUGCAUGGAAUAGCCUUUUUGAAAAUAUCGCCAAAGAUGGGCUUCCAACUAAGUAUGUUUCAUCAGAGGAAGAAACCGAAGAACCGUUGCAUUUGGCACAUAUCAACUCCAUUUACGAAAAACUUGAACAAGAGGCUAUACCCGGUGAAGAAAGGCAAACAGUAAGCGAAGCCAGGAAAUCCAGACUAAAGUCAUCUUCUCUAGUGUACGGUGAAGAAAGAUCCUUCUUGUUAAAGGAAGACGACGAUCACCCGCCACUAGCAGAGCAAGAAUUAUCAGAUUCAAAAGAAGUCUCAAAUAUCCACGAUUUGCGUACACUUGGCAUGACUAAUAGAGAGCGAGACUCGUUGAAUUACAUUCUAGAUGGACUCCACCUAAAACGAGCUAGUAAGUCAAAAAUAUUGGAGGCAAAUUCAAUGCUCGUAUCUACAUUGUUAGAUAUCGUCUUGGAGGAAGAAGUGUCUAAGAUUCUCCGAAUGAAUAGCAUGGUUGCAUGCGAUAGACUAUUGUCCAUUUACUCAAAACUUGCAAAGUCCCAGGAUGAACUGAAGGAUCUCAUUCAAUGGUUAAUUGCUAUCUGUCUAUAUGAUCUUACCAAAAACUCACCAAACUCAAAAGAAGUUACCACUCAACUCAACCAAUAUUUGUUUGAUAUUCUCAAAAUAUUAGCCAAAGAUGUGUCAACAACACAGCUUCUGAAAAUUCUAACAGCACGGAUAAAUAAGGUGAAGCAAAGGAUCCAACCAAAAUCUGCACAGGUCAGCCUUAUCUCUGCAAUGCAAAGCGAAAGCGCUAUAAAUAAUUGGGAGCUAUUCGAAAUCGCAGGAAACUUAUAUCUGGAAUUAGAUUUUGAGGAAGAUAAACUAGCAAUAUUGAAUUAUUUUGACGGGUAUCUUACUUCCAAAAAAUUCUUUGAAAGUUUGGGGAUACUUUCCAUCUUGAUUCCAUCAACAAUCGAAUCAAUUCCGAACUUCGAGUUUUCAGAGACUGAAGCGCAAUUAUUGAAUAUCAUAAUGAUACUUCUAGCUAACUACAACGACAAUAAUGAAGUAAGGAAAGUCCUUUAUUGCAACGAGUACAUACCCAAGUUGAUCCAAGUGGUCAAUUAUUGCUUGAAACUAGUCAAAUCUUCGAAAGCUGCAGAGAGGGAUACGAAUAUACUUUUAAUGUUACUCACGCUUCUCAUAAAUAUUCCCGAGGCGAUUGAAGUGGAGCUUGAACUGUUCGAUGAUAUAAACAAAAAUAUCCAGUUAAUCUUGUCUUUGGGGAAUGCAGAGGAUGAUUUGGUCAAGCAUUUUAUUGGGUAUAACUUGAUAUUUGUGGGAUAUGUGAGAGGAAAGUACAAGGAAAAAGUUGAGAUAGAUGAGCUGGACUUGUUGGACCGGCUAAAAACUUAUGGCCAGGAUGUUGAUGGUCUUCAAGGGCGAAUUGGAAAGGUCACAGAGGCUUUAUUACAAUAGUUGGACAGGUUCCAACUCAAUGGUAUAAUGGUCUACUUUCCGUUAAAAACACCUCAAUGUCUGCAAACACAGCACUAAUUCAUAGAUUAAAGCACCGUAGUUGACACGAAGAUGGACCCUUCUGUAGAGGAAUGCCCGCUUUGGGUUCGGGAUUUGCUACUUGGUUGUGGUCACGUGCCAAUACUGCCUACAACUUGUGGGUGUGUCGUUCGAGUCAGUCGUCCGAUUGACCAGCUGACGAGUUGAAGAAUUCAUUAGUGAGACUGAGAGGUUCUCCCCUUCCGUUCAUGGUAAAGUUGGGAUAUUCAAAGUCUUAUUGUCUUGCUCUUGGUUCUUUCGAAUGACAUCUCUCGGACACUCCAUCAUUAGUUCACGUUAACCAAUGUAUAUUAUGUGCUUAUAUGCUAAACU